AUGGAUAUCAGCGUGAUGCAGAUUUUUAAAGAGGAUCAGUGUCCGUCUGUUGGUGAUGGUGCUGAGGAGUGCUCCUCGGUGAACUUGGAAGCGCCUCUGAACUCCUCAGGGAAUGAGAGCUGGCCGAGUGAGGUCGAGACCCUGUCCCCUAUCGUGCCUGUCAUCACAGCUGUCUACUCUGUGGUGUUUGUCGUCGGCUUGGUGGGGAACUGCCUGGUGAUGUAUGUCAUUAUAAGAUACACUAAGAUGAAAACAGCGACCAAUAUCUACAUCUUUAACCUGGCAGUAGCUGACGCCCUCGUGACCACCACCAUGCCCUUUCAGAGCACAGACUACCUGCUCAACUCAUGGCCCUUUGGAGAGGUCGUCUGCAAGGUCUUCAUCUCCAUUGACUACUACAACAUGUUCACCAGCAUCUUCACUCUCACCAUGAUGAGUGUUGACCGCUACGUAGCCGUGUGUCACCCAAUCAAGGCCCUGGAUUUCCGUACACCUGUCAAGGCCAAGAUAAUCAACAUCCUCAUCUGGGUUUUGUCCUCGGCUGCUGGCAUCCCGGCUAUGGUCCUUGGAAGUACUCAGACCAACAAUGGCACUACGGAGUGUGCUUUGCAGUUCCCUGAUCCCUAUACCUACUGGGAUACAUUGAUGAAGAUCUGUGUAUUUGUCUUUGCUUUUGUGGCACCUCUGCUCAUCAUUAGUGUGUGUUACACACUGAUGGUGUUGCGAUUGAAGAGUGUUCGUCUGCUAUCAGGCUCACGUGAGAAGGAUCGCAAUCUGCGGCGUAUCACGCGUCUUGUUCUAGUGGUGGUGGCUGUGUUCGUUGUCUGCUGGACACCCAUUCAUAUCUUCAUCCUGGUGAAGACCCUGGCCUCUGACGUACCUGAGACCACAGCCGUCAUGGGUGCCUACUUCUUCUGCGUUGCACUUGGCUACACUAACAGCAGCCUCAACCCCAUCCUCUAUGCCUUUCUGGAUGAGAACUUCAAGCGCUGCUUCCGUGAUUUCUGCUUCCUGACUCGGAACAAGACAGAUGGCAUGGGCAUGACACGUGUCAGGAGCACUCUCCGUGAGCACACAUGCCAGGCAGAGGGCAGAGGUGAGGGAAGCCGUGGCAGAUCCGUAUGA